UAAGUUCACUACGUUAGGAUCGCCCAAAGUAACGUGCAGCAAGACCUACGAGAUUUUCGUAACUUGAUAUUCUUUGACUACCAAAAUAUAACCGUCUUGUUUUGAAUGCUUCCUACCCCGAGACUGAAUUUCGCGAGGACUCUGGUCAGAAUGGCACUGUAUCCUCCAAACGACACAUCCAAGCUCAUAUUCGCCCCCUCCGGGACGGAAUCCAACGCCCAAGCACCCCAAUUCACCGCCGGGCCACUCCACCGAAGCGACCUAGACCCCACGUCCCCAACGCGGCAGUUCCACGCCUGGUUCGCCGAGGCCCAAAAGGCGAAGACCUCCCCGUCGUCGUCGUCGUCGUCGUCUGGCGCCCCGCUCGUCGCGCACCCGGAGACCUGCACCCUGGCCACGGCGCACCUCCCCUCGGGCCGCGUCUCCGCCCGCGUGGUGUACCUCAAGGAGCUGGACGCCCGGGGCCGCUUCGCCGUGUACUCCAACUUCGGCACCAGCCGCAAGGCCGACGACCUGGCCUCCAACCCGCGCGCCGCGCUCGUCUUCUGGUGGGAGGGCCUGCAGAGGCAGGUCCGCGUCGAGGGCGCCGCCGAGCGUCUGCCUCCCGAGGAGAGCCAGGUGUACUUUGACACGCGGGUCCGGGGGAGUAGGAUUGGGGCGUGGGCUAGUCGGCAGAGCGUUGUGCUGGAGCCGCGAGGGGGGGAAGCGAGCAGCGGCAAGGUGGAGGGGACGGGGGAGGGUGAGAGUGAGAAGGAGAAGGAGAAGGAGAAGGAGAAGGAGAAGGAGAAGGAAAGGGAGGACGAUGGGCGAGGGCAGCUGGACGAGUGGGUUCGUGACGUGGAAACGCGUUUCGACGGCCAGGACCAUAUCCCCGUGCCGCCUCAUUGGGGGGGGCUGCGCAUCAUCCCGGAUAGGAUGGAGUUCUGGCAAGGCAGGGAAAACAGGCUGCAUGAUCGGUUUGUCUACGAGAGGGAGGGCGGAGACGAUACGUGGACGCUCAACCGGUUGAGCCCCUGAACUUGUUUGCGUACAUUUGUUUGUACGCUGAAGUUCCCUGCCUCGUUCUAUCCCGAAUAAGGUAUCUCCUCACACGUUCGCUGGAUGGCUUGGAUAUGCGGAAGAAGAAAAAAAAAGGAAUUAAAGGAAACAGGUAAAAUUAGAAAGAAAUACAUCCCGGGUAUAAGAGAUGACCAUCAGGAUCAAUAAUAGGGGGUAUGUGCGCUAUGAAAGAGGUAUCCUGCAAUGACGAAAAGCAAAAAUAGGCACCGUGGUCAAACUGGCACUGUCGUUGAAGCCAUUCCGCCUCGGCAAUGCCCAUCUCCCCAUCCAAGUACCUGAGGUAUGCAUGCAUGAGGAUACCAUGCUGCAAAUGAUAAAAACGCC